CGUCUCUACAAAAGCUACAGUGCUGUUUGCGUUUAAACAAACACAGAUGUCUGAGCAGAUACUCCUUAUAGGCAGUGGUGGCAGGGAACAUGCACAAGCCUGGAAGUUGACCAAGUCACCAGACGUUGAGAAGAUAUAUGCUGCACCUGGUAAUGCUGGAACAGCAAAUACUGAUAAAGUAACAAAUGUCUCAUUGAAUCUGUUAGAUUUCCAAUCUGUUGCAAGCUGGUGCAAAUUACAUGGCAUAACAUUUGUUAUGGUUGGUCCAGAAGAUCCACUGGCUGCUGGGAUUGUAGAUUUCUUGACUAAUGAAGGUAUUCCAACAUUUGGCCCCACUGCAGCAGCAGCCCAGAUUGAGGCAGACAAAGCAUUUGCCAAAGACUUUAUGAUACGUCAUAACAUACCCACAGCAAAAUUCAAAAGUUUUACAAAUCCAGGAGAAGCCAUAAGUUUUAUUAAAAAUGCAGAUUUUGAUGCAAGGGUAGUGAAGGCCAGCGGACUGGCAGCAGGUAAAGGUGUGGUUGUAGCAUCAUCAAAGCAGGAGGCUUGUGACGCAGUCACUGAAAUGAUGACAAAGAAAAUCUACGGUGCUGCUGGAGAUGUCAUUGUUGUUGAAGAGUUGCUGCAAGGACCAGAAGCCUCAGUCUUGGCAUUUAGUGAUGGCCAUAAUGUUUCUUUAAUGCCAGCUGCACAGGACCACAAAAGGUUAUUGGAUAACGAUGAGGGUCCCAAUACAGGAGGGAUGGGUGCAAUAUGUCCUUAUCCAGGACUGUCUGAGUUAGAGAUUGAAUUUAUUAAAACAAAUGUUUUGGAAAAAGCUGUAAGAGGAUUGGCUGCAGAAGGGAAAAAAUUUAUUGGGGUUCUCUACGCUGGAAUUAUGUUAACAAAAGAUGGACCAAAGGUGCUAGAAUUCAACUGUAGGUUUGGAGAUCCAGAGACCCAAUCAAUUCUCUCCCUGUUAACCUCUGACCUCUUCACCACACUGAAAGCCUGUGUCAGUGGAGAUCUACCAUCAGCUCUGCCAACAUUUGACGUGUCGCAGACAGCCGUUGGUGUGGUAGUGGUCAGUGGGGGAUACCCAGGCUCUUACAAGAAGGGGCUACCCAUUUCUGGCAUCUCAGAAGUUGAGAAGAACACAUUGAAUGUCUUUCAUGCUGGGACACAGCUGGACGCUACAGGGCAGGUUGUAACCAGUGGUGGCAGGGUGCUGGCUGUUGUAGCCACUUCAGUCUCCCCUGCCACAGCGAUACAGAGGGCCACUGAAGGGGCUGCUCGGAUUCAGUUUGAAGGCGCAUUCUUUAGGAAAGACAUUGGGAUGAAGUGUUUUAAACGAUUUGAUGCCAGUGAGGAAAGGUGUGGUUUGCAAUACAAAGAUGCAGGAGUAGAUAUUGAAGCUGGGGAUUACCUGGUCAAUCUCAUCAAACCUCUAGCCAAAAUGACCAGACGUCUUGGGUGCGAAUCAGAUUUGGGAGGUUUUGGUGGAAUGUUUGAACUUAAGGCUGCAGGUUUUCAAAACCCUGUGCUGGCUUUUAGGACUUCUGGAGUAGGAGCUAAGAUUAAGUUUGCUGAAAGUCAAAACAAUCACUACAACAUUGGUUUUGAUCUUGUUGCUCAAUGUGUCAAUGACUUGAUCUCUGUUGGAGCUGAGGCUUUAUACUUCUUGGAUUACUUUGCUACUGGAAAAUUAAUUGUGCCAACAGCUGUAGAAUUUAUUCGAGGAGUAUCAGAGGCCUGUGUGCAGGCAGGAUGUGGGCUAAUGGGGGGAGAGACAGCGGAGAUGCCAAACAUGUACAAGGGUGAGGACUACGACGCCGUUGGCUUUGUUGUUGGUGCCAUCCCACCAACCUACACUAACCAGGGCUUAAACAGCGCAGCGUGUGACGACAUUGUGAUUGGUUUGACAUCAAAUAGACUCCAACAAGAAGAUUUUGUUUUGGUGGAGCAAAUUUUAAAUGCAAAUAAGUUUAAGUUGGAUAAAAUGAACGGCGUUAAUGGAGGAAUGACAUUAGGUGAAGAAAUCCUUGUCCCUUCAAGUAUUUAUGGGAGAAAUAUUUUACAACUCAUCUAUUCCGGGAAGGUCAAAAUAUUUCUGAAUGUUAACGAUGGACUGAAAACAUGUUUGACUCGAGUUAUUCACAGUGGCAUUAGUGUCCUGGUGAAUUCUUUGAGCUGGCAGGUUGGACCAGUCUUCGGAUGGAUGGCUUACAUGUCUAAGCUGUCAGCUGAAGAGUUUUCCUGUGUCUCAAGUUGUGGUGUGUCUGCUAUACUGGUCGUCAGCCGUGACGAUGCCAGUUUUGUCAUGCAGAAUUUAUUACGGAUUGUUAAAGAGGAUGUCACAGUGAUGGGACAUAUAAUAAAAUCUACAGGUGAAGAUCAAGUAAGAAUUGACAACCUCCAGUCAUCAUUAGAGAAAGCCAAGGCCGUGGCAUAUCAACAUGCUCCUGAAAAUUUUGGAAAACAGUUAGGCGUCAAACUACCUUUGAAGUCAGAUUUUUCCUCCAUAUUGGAACUUGCCAAGAAAUCUGGAAGUGUGUUGAACAAAGAUGGCCUCCCUUCAACAUUUGAUAUGAGCAGUUUAAAAUUAGAAGAUCCUGUUCUUGUAUCCGGAGCAGAUGGUGUCGGCACAAAAUUGAAGAUUGCCAUGGCUAUGAAUAACCAUUCAACAAUCGGGAUUGAUCUAGUGGCCAUGUGUGUGAAUGAUGUACUGGCCUGUGGGGCAGAGCCACUGUUUUUCACCUGUUACCUUGGCGCAAAACAGCCAGAUGACGAGCAUACGGAGGCUGUAUUGAAAAGUGUGGCUCAAGGGUGUCAGAUUGCUGGUUGUGCCUUUAGCGAAGAACACAUUUCCUACCUGCCUUCUAUAUAUAAGAGCAAAGUGUACGAUCUUGCUGGGUUUUGUGUUGGAGCUAUUAAUAAACCCCAGAUUUUGCCCGCACUGGACCUUAUUAAAGCUGGUGACGUGGUCAUUGGCCUGGCAUCUAGUGGAGUCCACAGCAAUGGCUUCAGCUUGGUGAGGAAGAUUGUCAAAGUUAACGAGCUGAGCUAUGACAUGCCGUGCCCAUAUGAAAAAAAUGUGACUCUUGGUGAGCAGCUGUUAACACCAACAGAAAUAUAUGUGAAAUCUGUCCUGCCUUUGCUACAGUCUAAAAAGAUAAAGUCGUUUGCUCACAUCACAGGGGGUGGUCUAAAAUUCAACAUUGUCAGAGUAAAGCCUUUUAAUCUGGGCGUUAAACUUGAUGCCAACCUAUGGCACAUACCACCAGUCUUUGGCUGGCUACAGUUCAUGGGUAAUGUUUCUGAACAUGACAUGUCCAUGACAUUUAACUGUGGCCUUGGGGCUGUGCUGAUUGUCGACAAAGACAACGUGGACGAAAUCUUGUCUGUUUUAACUAAGAAUCAAACCAGGCAUAGUGUUAUUGGUUCGUUAGUUCCAGCUCCAGAAGGUGUUAUUGAUUACAUAGUUAUUGAUAACUUAAACAGUGCAUUGCUCAAAAGCUGGCCAAGACCUUCAUUGCCUGCUAUGAAAAAGAAAGUUGGAGUUUUAAUAUCUGGAUCAGGUACCAAUCUUCAAGCUUUGAUUGACCAUACAAAGUCCCGUAACUCCUGUGCAGAAAUCGCUCUUGUUAUUUCCAAUGUGGCCGACGUGUUUGGUUUAAAAAGAGCAGAGAGGGCUGGCAUUAAAACUCUGGUGAUUGACCACAAAAGCUACAAGUCCAGGAAUGAGUUUGAUGCAGCUGUCCAUGAGCAGCUUGUCCAACACCAGAUUGACCUGGUCUGUUUGGCUGGCUUUAUGAGAAUACUAACAGGAGAGUUUGUCAACAAAUGGACAGGCAGAAUGUUGAACAUCCACCCAUCACUGCUUCCCUCCUUCAAGGGUGCACACGCCCACCAGCUGGCUUUAGAUGCUGGGGUUCAGGUCUCAGGCUGUACAGUACAUUUUGUUACUGAAGAAGUAGAUGGUGGCGCCAUCAUCACCCAGAAUAGUGUUUCUGUCUAUCCAGGGGACACUACUGAGACCUUGGCAGAGCGGGUCAAGAAAGUGGAGCAUGUGGCUUAUCCUAAAGCUUUAGAGAUGGUGGCAAGUGAGAGGGUGAAGAUAGGAGCAGAUGGUAAACUUAUCUGGAACUGGUAGAGGUAGAAGGUAGAACCAGAUGGUAAACUUAUCUGGAACUGGUAGAGUGUGUAGGUAGGACUAGACUGGAGGAACAGAACUUCUAUUCAGUGGUGUAGAAAGGUAGUUUUGAAGGGGGAAGGGGUAAAAAUAUUCCGCUCCCCUUUUUGACCCACCAUGACAGUUAUCUCAACUUACAGCUUUAUGGUUUGGCACAUUUGUGUCUUUUUUAUUGCUUUCACUUUCAAAAUUUUGGAAGUCAACAAAAUUACUAUGCUUCAUAAAAUAGCUACAUAUAUAAAAAUAUAUAUGUAUAUGUAUACAAAUAUAAAUACCUUUGUUGAAUAUAAUAAAUCCUACAUGCAUUACAGAGUCCAGUGUAUUAUGGUUGUGUGCUGGAAGUACUGUGACAAUUGCAUAUAAAUAUAUUAUUUGAAUAUUUCAUGCUCUGACUUGGUCUAACCAAUUAUCAAAAGGUUUUGUAUAUGUAUACAAAUAUAAAUACCUUUGUUGAAUAUAAUAAAUCCUACAUACAUUACAGAGUCCAGUGUAUUAUGGUUGUGUGCUGGAAGUACUGUGACAAUUGAUUACCAAUAUAUUAUUUGAAUAUUUCAUGCUCUGACUUGGUGUAACCAAUUAUCAAAAGGUUUUGCCGCCUUAUACUACUACAGAAAGCUCAAAAUAUUCUACCUAUACUAAAUCAAACCUGUAAGGGAUUUAACUCACAACUACUUUUUUUCUCUCAUUGUUACAUUUCUUUUUUUAAAAUAAAAAUCAUUUAACUCCCCCUCUUAAUUUCAUUCACCUUUAAGUUUCAUCUUUCUUUUUGUGCACUGGUUUUGUGGAUUAUUAUGUAAAUAUACCUGGAAUUUUGAUCUUACGAUUUUUAUACAUGUUUUUUUUCUACAUAAUGAUGUUAUAACAUUAAAUGUUUUGAUUGAACAAUGCUCAGGAUUUUUACUCUUAACAUUUCCAUUGCUUUGUUAAGAGAUUUAUAAUCUGUUAUGACAUGUUUUGCAAUUUGUGUUCAUGUAAUUCUCUGUGUGGAAUAAAGAAAUACUCAUUAA